GGCCUCACUCAGUGUCUUCUUCUAGACACUUGCCUUUGUUUCUGUGCUACCUUGACAUCUUUGCAUAGUAUUUUAGUCUUUAUAUCCUGACAUUGUCGUCUAUCGUCCAUUGUUGAAGCAUCUCACAAAACAAUACCCUUGAAAUAAGUAUUUCUUGAAGUAUUUCACGAUCCUCCUCGCCCCUCCGGACUGGGCUUACUCAGAGGAACAUUUUCGCACCUUUGAAUGCAAAAUUAUCGAAGUUUGCAUUAGUAUUUUGCAUUGUGAUUUCGGCGCCGUGCUAACGCCCCAUUUUCUUCCGAUCUGGAGUCCGGGCAGCUUUUGGAGGGAGGCAGGGUUUGGAAUAUGUCGUCGGAUGAUCCGCCCUCUGAGGUUAACGAGAAUUAUCCGGAUUUCGAUUACAACCGCUUACAAUGCCCCCCGGAGGAGUGGGAGCUUUAUGAUAUCCCGGACAAGACUCACCUGAGAAAUAGGGCGCUCGAUCUCGAUACCUUUAAGAAAUUGGUUAAGCACCAUACAUGGGGCUUCCACGUUGUUAUAGGUGAACGUCGGACGAAAGAGAGAUUACUGCAGGUCCUAAAAAGAAUUAUAUUCAACCAAGCACCAAACCUUCGUCCAAGUUGGCAUGACUUUAUAUCUCGAAAUUGCGACGCCGGGCCCCGGCUUUUGCGCAGAAGCUAUAAUGCGUUGCAAAUCAGCCGAAAUUAUCCAAAUGGGCUCCCAGGAGCCUCAAUAUACCUUCCGCCACUGCCCACACAACAUCAGCCUCAAAUGGGAAUGCUGCCCAGUAUACCAUCGGGACCCCUGGUACACAUGCCCAACCAAUUCGUACCAAUGCGGGCACCCAAUUAUCCUGUUCUUGCCCACGGGGGCUCCAAUUUACCGCCAUCGCGACAAAUGGAGUUUAUUCCAGCCCCUAUUUCUGACCAAAAUCAGGGGCUUGAACCGGCUAACCUCAGACAGUUCUAUCCCCAAACAUAUACAACGCCGCAACCCUUAGCUCAUACCUUUAUGACCCCAAGUCAAAGCGCUAACCAACCUCAUCAACCAGUACCGAGCAUAGCGCAAUCGAGUCCAAGCCGAAAUCAGACAAUGUCGGCUGCGUCAUGGCGGUCGAUGAGAGAACCAGUAUCGGUUUUAUCAACACCAAUGGCACAUGAAGUGAUCGAAGUUAUAGAACGGGCAAUUAUGGGCUUUGCGUAUAGGCAGCUCCAGCGGCAUCCUGACUCACUUCCCGUUACGCGCCCAGCGCAAAGUCUCGUUGCAAGUACCGGAGCUCAUCUCACUUUGAGUACCUCUAGGUCCUAUUCCACCGUCUCACAUGCUCGUGCAGUUGUUGUAGGGGAUAUGGCCGGAUUGAGGUUUGACCCCAACGGAUGUUGGUAUCCUUACCGUGGUCGAGGACCCGUUUCAAGCCAAGAUACAACUGCAGUAGACUGCGCAAUUGUUGUCGGAAGGCUUCUUGAUGCUGGAUCGACCGUUGCAGACCGUGAAAGCGAUAUAAAUUGGACUAGUCAUCUCUCUGGCCUAGAAAAUGCGUUCCUCAAUGCUUUGAACGUUAACUGGGACGUCCUUUCUGAUACCGACAGCGUUAUUCGACGCGAAGAGUUCAGAGGGAUCCUUCUCAAUUGGUUUAGCGACAAGGGCCUUUCCAUAAUACCUGCAAAUGUGUGGGGUGCCUGUACAGAGUCCUUCAAACAAUUUCACACUCGAUACACAGAGCAACUUUAUCCGUGCCCCUGUCAACAAGCAACGACGAGCAGUGUGGUUCAGACUGUGACCGUCUUGGCCCCUGACUUUCAUGAGAAUGACGCGACUGGUGUUGAGCUUGCUGACUUGCUUACACGAACUUUUCAGUGCCAGCAGCGCUUCCAGUGUCCCCAGUGUGGAACCAUGGGAGCUAACCGCAUCGAGAGACGAUUCAAUGAGCUUCCCUGGCGGCUAGCUGUGCGACCCGAUCAACGAACGCUACUGCAGUCCCAUAGUUUACGGAACAUGACCUUUAAUUAUAUAGAUGGUAAUGGUUCGCAGCAGCAAGCAACGUAUCGUUGGCUUGGAGGAAUAUAUUGCGUUCUUGUCGGCCGCGAAUACCAUUUCCGUGUGUACUGGAAUGAUCACGAGCGCGGUGAAGCAGAGACUGGGAACAUUCGGGUGUAUGACGGGACCCAGCUUUCCGGUGCAAUUAUCGGAGGAUUACGCGCAAGUGGGUCUCAACGCGUACCGCAUACCUGGUGGGUUGGUGGCACUCCGCCGGUAAUAUUCUAUGAGAAAGUGGUGAACCCAGAGCCGGAAGUUUUGCAUGCUGCUCGUGGUGCCGUGCAGGGCAUGGGAGAUACUGCGAGUCGGGGCCGACUUAUUUUACAGCAUCACCGGGGAUGGAAACCGCAUGAGCAUGCGCUAAAGGGAGUACAGAGUCAUAACACGCAAGGAACAGGGCAGGAGAGAAGAGUGACGGGGGGAAGAGUAUCGAGAAGUGGGUUUUAUGAUCAAUCUCCAUCAAAUCGCCCACGUCUGCAACAGUUGCAGUCUCCUCUCUCAACUGGAGCAUCGGGUGAGCGAGCUCUGUCGUUCUAUCAUCCAGCGGCCUAUCCUCAGCGUAUCGCCUCGGCCGCCCGACAAACCUUGCCUCAACCCCAAGUGUCCGGACAUGGCCAGCGGGUUGCCCGAAUGACGCCACAAGUACAGCCAGGCAGUAGGACCGGCGCCCCUGGUUUCCCAUCUAAUACUUCAUGUUUGGUGCCAGCACAACGUGGCAAAUAUAUAAGUCAAGAAAAUGUGACCCUCAUGCAAAAUCCACAACAGCCAAAUCUCACUCCAGGAAUCAUGAGUAGUGGUGGGGAACCGCCCGUCCCUUGCUGCCCCAGCCUCCCAGAAAUCGAUUUUAGCAUGGGGUUCGGGCCUGAAGUCAGCAUCCCAGAGCUACCUCCAUCCACCGGUCCGCCAUUGGUGCCAUUAGGUGGGAUGGAAAUCCGCCCUGAUCCUAUGUUACAAAAUCCUAGAACCGUAGGCCCCUCUGCAGCAACGACCACGGAGGGAGUGCCACAAGGGAUGGUAGGAGCAGCAUCAGAUGUAGGCUUUGAUAUGACGAUGGACGGCCGUCAAAAUACUCUGCCGAGCAGGAGCCGAAUUUCAGAGGACUCCUGGGCGUCAAAUCUCGAGGAAUUCCUGCAAGGACAGGAUAACAGUAACCAGCAUGUAUCGUGCGCUUUUUUUGACAACCUCAGUGCGUUAAGGGCUCCGGAUCCGCGAGCGACAACACAACUGAACCCGGAGGUUAACCCGCCUUUGCAGUCCCCUUUUGAACCGGCCCAAUCUCAGCAGCAACUGCAGAUUGGGCCCACCGGCUUGUCCACUUCGCCUCUAGUAAAUCACCCACCAGCAGGUGCCGGGGAGAUCGAUGAUCCUGAAGCAUGGGCGUUUGAUUUCGACGGCGCAAGCGUCGAACUACCCAAUCCCAUUCCAGGGGCGACAGCACCCGCGACUGUGUCCGCCAUAGAAACCGCGCCAACUGCGGGGAUGUCUGUCGUGAACACGGGUUCAAACGUUCUGGGACAUAUGUUGCAGGACUUCGUCGGGCACCACGAACCACAGCUGGGAGGAGCGGAUAUUGGAAUGGCUGGGCAGGCACAGGGUCAACAAGGCACGUCGACAGGGUAUUAUAGCGAGACGAUGCAGCCUUCUGAUGCACCUAUGAUUGGGAAUGAUGGCGGUGGCACUUCUGGCGAGAAGCGGAAGAGAGAAGAAUGUCCAGGUCAGCAGUCGAUGAAGAAGCUAAGGCAGUGAUGGCCAUUUAGAAGAAGUAGGCGAGAUGCUUCUUGAUUGGGGAAGUUUCAGGUGCCGUUUGCUUUUGUUUCCUUUGAAAAUUUUUCCCUUUGCUCAUUGUAUAGAUCCCUUGUGUUGGAAUUCAUUUUGCAUGGUAUUUGCUUCUUUUGUCUGCUGUCUCCUCCAAUUGGGGUUCCAGGGGGGGAGCAGCCAACUAACUGGCUAAAUGUGAGAGAAUGUGUUGUGGGAUCCGCAAAUCAAACUUCAGGAGAUUUGUACUAUU